AUGUCGUUAGAGAUGGGCCUGGAGCAUCUGCUUGGCCAGGCUGGCAACCGCCCGUUCACCGGUGGCCUUGCAGGCGCGUGGUCUAUCCUCGCCGCCGGGGCGAACGCCACGGGCUGGCCAUGCACGGUACGCCGAGCUCGAAUUGGGGCCCUCGCUGCCAUCGGCGUGUCUGCUGCCGCGCUCAUCCUCGAGUUCCUGCGCGCAGUCGUCGACGUCAACGUGCGGCCAGACAGCUCCUACGCGGUGGGCAUCGCCUUCCUGCUCAUCGACGACAAGCCGGCGCAGCGCGCAGCCAGCGACAACCUCUGGCUGCUGACCGGCUCGGGUAACAGCCAUACCCUAAGCCACCUCGCGGUUCCGCACGGGAGCAAUGCCGGCGCGACGCUCACCACCACCGCGCAUGGGACGAUCUGGCUUUCCGGCCGCGUCUUCCCCACAAUCUUCAAAGCUGUCAGCGCCAACGACCUAACGGCGCGAGCUGGAACGACCGUCUUUGAAGCCUCGCUGCGAGGUAAACCCUCUGGAAAUAGUGUGGAUGACCCGGCGCCGGUCGGCGCGUGGAAAGCGGGGUUCCGAUGGCCGAAGACGACGCAAUGA